AGGUUCAUGUAAGCUACCAGAAGAAUUUGGAAGCGUAAACGUGGUUGUGUCAGACGCCUACAGUUAAUUUGUUUGGUUGGCAAACCCACUUUCAACAUGGCAAAAGAGAAGACUCAUGUUAAUUUGGUGGUUAUCGGCCACGUUGACAGCGGUAAGUCAACCACCACUGGCCACCUCGUCUACAAAUGUGGUGGCAUCGAUCAGAGAAAACUCGAGAAGUUUGAGAAAGCUGCAUCACAGAUGGGGAAGAGUUCCUUCAAAUUCGCCUGGGUGUUGGACAAGCUGAAAGCUGAGAGGGAGCGAGGAAUUACCAUUGACAUCUCUCUGCUGAAAUUUAGCACUCAAAAAUACACCUUGACUAUAAUUGAUGCUCCUGGCCACCGUGACUUCAUUAAAAACAUGAUAACCGGGACCUCACAGGCCGAUGUUGCCCUCCUGGUGGUCUCUGCAGCUAAAGGAGAGUAUGAGGCCGGGGUGUCGAGAAGUGGUCAGACCAGAGAGCACGCCUUACUGGCUUAUACCCUGGGUGUCAAGCAGAUCAUAGUCUGUGUGAACAAGAUGGAUAUGACUGAACCACCUUACAGCCAGAAACGCUUUGACGAAGUGGUGCGAGGUGUGAGUGGCUUCCUCAAGAAGAUUGGCUACGACCCCACAACGGUGCCUUUUGUUCCGAUUUCUGGCUGGACUGGGGAGAACAUGAUCACUGCAACUCAGAAGAUGCCCUGGUUCCAAGGCUGGAAAUCCAGACAAAGGGAAGGGAAUGCGAGUGGGAAAACUCUACUAGAAGUCCUGGACUCGAUUCACCCACCAGUACGCACCAUCAACAAGCCACUUCGAUUGCCUCUGCAGGAUGUCUACAAAAUUGGAGGAGUUGGCACCGUGCCAGUGGGUAAGAUUGAAACUGGCAUCCUCAGACCUGGCAUGACCCUGAUGUUCUCCCCUACCAAGCUCACUGCUGAGGUGAAAUCCAUUGAGAUGCACCACCAGGGGCUGCAGACUGCUCUACCAGGACACAAUGUUGGCUUCAACAUUAAGAACGUGGCUGUCAAGAACCUGCGGCGUGGGGAUGUGGCUGGCAACGCCCAGCAGGAUCCUCCAUCAGAUGUCAGCAGCUUUGAAGCUCAGGUGAUCAUCCUGAACCAUCCAGGGAAGGUGAAAGCUGGCUACUCUCCUGUCCUGGACUGUCACACCGCCCAUGUAACCUGUCGCUUUGCUGAGCUGAAGGAGAAGAUUGACCGGCGCACAGGCAAUAAACUGGAGGACCAGCCGCAGGUCCUGAUGUCUGGAGAUGCUGCUACAAUCAAAAUGGUUCCCAUCAAGCCCAUGUGUGUGGAGAGCUUCUUCACAUACCCUCCCUUAGGUCGCUUUGCAGCUAGAGACCUGAAGCAAACAGUUGCUGUAGGAGUCAUCAAGUCGGUGGUGAAGGACCAUGGGUCAAAACCGCUCCACAAAGCCAAAGUGUGUAAAUAAUUUUGUUAGUUUACCAGUAAAAUGUGGUGUGGCUGUUUUUGUUUUGUUUGGUAAAAUGCAAUUUUUGUGUAGUGACAAAAGAUUUGUUUAAGUGAGGAUUCCUGUGUUAAUGUUAAAUCCAAAAGAAGCUGUAGAAAUGGAUGGUAAACUUUGGUUAAAAUGUGAAUUGUUCAGAGAACAAAAUAAAUGAUUUGAAGCUUUGAA